AUGCGGUCAUCUUCAACCAUACUCAUCUGGGCUUAUCUUCUUUUUCUCUAUGUCUACACUUCAUCAUCUUUCUCUUCCUCAGCUCCACUUUAUUUUCCUGCAAACAAUGUCACCCUUUUUGGUGAUGCAUCCGUUGAGAACGAUUCAAUCAGACUAACUCAAGAUCACCAAUGCACUUCGCCAUCACAAUCCACCCUAGAAUCAGCUUCUUCCACCUCUCUUUCAGGCAUUGGCCGAGCCUUUUACAUCAACCCAAUUCGGUUUCUUGAUUCUUCAUCCAAAGGCACUGCUGCUUCAUUCUCUUGCAGCUUUUCAUUCAACAUUUCCCCCACCCCUUCUUGCCCUUUUGGAGAUGGACUUGCAUUUCUGGUCACUUCCAAUAUGGAUUCUUUAAGCAUUACCGACGGUUGGAUGGGCCUCCCGGAAGAAGUUUCCAACACUCAAGAUUCAUUCAUUGCUGUAGAAUUUGACACGAGUUAUAAUCCCUUUUUUGAUGAUAUAAAUGGGAACCAUGUUGGCAUUGAUGUGAGACAAAUUAAAUCUUUGGCUUCUGUUGACGUCGUCUCAAGAGGGAUUGAUCUUAAAGCUGGAAAGGAAAUGACUGCUUGGAUUGAGUAUCGAAAUUCGGAGAAGAUGAUCAGGGUUUGGGUGGGAUAUUCUCAGGUUAGGCCACUUAGUCCUAUUCUUGUUGCUCAGGCUGAUUUUACUGGCGAUUUUAAAGAAUUUAUGCAUGUGGGAUUUACUGCUUCUAAUGGUGGAGGAUCAGCUAUUCACAGUAUUAGUCGUUGGCGAUUUAAGACUUUCUGGUUUCGAUCUUCAACAUUGUCUAUGGAUACAGUUGAAGAAGGGGAUUGUCUGGCGUGCUUUCCAGGGGAUCUUGACCUCAAUUUUGAUCAUUCAAGAAAAUGGAAAUUUGGAUUGAUUCUUGUCAUAGGAGGUUCUGCUGUAAUCACAGUGAUUCUAGUUGCAGUUGCUCUGUUUGUUAUUUUAUGUUGCAUAAAGAGGAAUAGAAGCAAAGCUAAGAGAGAGCGGCACAUUGAAUAUCAUAUUGGCAGAUUUCAGAGCUAUAAAGUACCAAAAUACUUGUCACUGAGUGAGAUAAAGGAAGCUACAAAGGGGUUCAAAGAGGACAGAAUUAUUGGUGAAGGUGCCUCAGCAGUUGUAUAUGAAGGAGAAAUUCCUUCCUGUGGAAAUGUAGCAAUUAAGAGAUUUACUCGUGGGAAAAGCAUAGGCCCUUCACACAAUUCAUUUGAUGAGGCCUGGCGUAUUCCUUUUGACAAUGAAUUUGCUACAAUGAUUGGCUGCUUGAGACACAAGAACUUAGUUCAGCUCAAGGGAUGGUGCUGUGAGAGGAAUGAGUUAGUCCUGGUUUAUGAGUACAUGCCUAAUGGAAGUCUGGAUAAGAUCCUACAUGGCCGGAGCAGUGUUACAAAGUUCCUGACAUGGGAGCGAAGAUCAAACAUAGUACUUGGUGUGGCCUCUGCUCUGGUAUAUCUGCAUGAAGAGUGCAUUAAUCAGAUAAUCCACAGGGAUGUUAAGGCCUGUAAUAUAAUGCUUGAUGCUGAGUUCAAUGCCAAGCUUGGAGAUUUUGGUUUAGCAGCAGUGUAUCAACGUAGUCUCGAAAUACGAGAUGCUACUGUACCAGCUGGAACAAUGGGAUAUCUUGCUCCCGAGUAUGUCUUUUCUGGAGUUCCAACAGUGAAAACUGAUGUUUACAGCUUUGGUGUCGUGGUACUGGAAGUCGCAUCAGGUAGGAGGCCUGUCGAUGACAACAGAAUUGUGAUUACUGAUUGGGUUUGGGAAUUGUGGGGGAAAGGAAAAUUAAUUGAGGCUGCUGAUCCUAAACUGAAGAGGUGCUUUACCAGGAAAGUAAUGGGAAGGAUGCUCAUGGUUGGACUUUGCUGCACGCACCCUGAUCAUCAGAAGAGGCCUACCAUGAGGGAAGCUGCAAGGAUGCUUCAAGGGGAAGCUCCAAUCCCUUCUUUGCCACCAAGGAAACCAACAGUUAGGAUUCAAUCUGUUCUUCCAGAGGGAAUACUUGAAGACAUAAUGAGCAUUGGUGAAGAAGCAGAUGACAACACACCAUGGUCCACCCCUAGAACUCAAUUCAGCAGGAACUAG